AUGCAGUCGCUGGCGACAAGACGGGCGCUGCGGUUCUCCUGCAGAUGGUCUUUGGCUGCGUCGAAUCUGGCAGCUCCGCGGUCGAUAUAUACCAACCGAUUGGUCCCAUACCAAUUGAAAGCACUACACCCCCGGUUCAACAGCUCUACCACAGCUCCAAAGGACAAAGAGGCCCUUAGAUCAAAGCCGUCGUCAUCAAUUGCCUCCUCUUCUCCCGCUCUGACCGUAGGAAACAAAUCCUACCAGCCCGAUGAAUGGACAAACGCCCCGAGUCACAUCCUCUCACACCUCGGCCGUGGUCUAUAUCUAGACGAGAACCACCCUCUCUCCAUAACCCGGAAGCUCGUCGAGAGCCAGUUCUCCGGCCCUGAAUAUGGAAACUAUGCUGAAUCAGACCCAAUUGUCCCCGCGGCGCAGAACUUUGACGACUUAGGUUUCCCGGCAGACCAUCCAGGGCGAAGCCGGACAGAUACAUAUUAUUUGGACAAACAGACUGUUCUACGGACACAUACAAGUGCACACCAGCGAGCAUAUUUCCAGCAGAUGAACAGGAAUGAGACCACUAGGCCGGAGGAGAAGGGAUAUACUAUUGUCGCGGACGUCUAUCGUCGUGAUGCUAUUGAUCGAAGUCAUUAUCCUGUCUUCCACCAGAUGGAGGGUGCACGCCUGUGGAAACGGCCUGAAAACGAACCACUGAAGUCCUCCCAGCAAACAGCUGCGGAGAUAUGGAAAGAUGUUGAAGCUCUGCCUCGUCAUGAUGUCGUUGUAGAAGAUCCUAACCCAACCAUACACCCGACUCGCAAUCCGCUACAAGACAAAUACCAUACCGCAGAGGAAGUCGAGGCGAUAACAGCACAUUUGAAGCGAUCCUUGGAGCUUCUCGUAAUUAGAAUCUUUUCUGCUGCCAGAGAAGCCAGUGAGAACCCGGCUGCGGCGCAGGAACCAUUGAAAAUCAGAUGGAUCGAGGCAUACUUCCCCUUUACAAGUCCAUCCUUUGAGCUAGAGGUGUUCUGGCAAGGCGAAUGGCUAGAACUACUUGGAUGCGGCGUUGUUAAGCAAGACCUUCUCAACUCCUCUAGUGUUCCGCAUCGAGUUGGCUGGGCUUUCGGCCUAGGCCUUGAACGAAUCGCAAUGCUUCUCUUCAAUAUUCCUGACAUCCGCCUUUUCUGGUCUAAGGAUCCCAGGUUUCUUUCCCAGUUCCAGGCCGGCAAAAUCACUCGUUUCACACCCUUCUCUAAGCACCCAGCAUGCUACAAGGAUGUUGCGUUUUGGCUGCCGUCGUCCGCAGCAGGCACUGUAAGCGCAGCUGGAGGAGGAGUGCCGUUCCAUGAAAAUGAUAUCAUGGAGAUCGUACGAGGUGCUGCGGGUGAUUUGGCAGAGGAUGUGAAAUUGGUUGAUGAGUUUACACACCCGAAGACGGGAAAGAAGAGUUUAUGCUACAGAAUCAAUUAUAGGAGCUUGGAAAGGACUUUGACAAACGAAGAGACAAAUCAAUUGCAUGAUAAGGUACGGCAGACACUGGUGGAAACUGCUGGUGUUGAAUUGAGGUGA